CCGACCCGCCCCUCUCGUGGGGGCCGCCGCACAGUCACGACGGAGCAGCCCCGGGACUGGCCGCCUCGCGCCCCCUUCGCCGCCGUGCCCUUCCCCGGCGCGCUCACCCCCUUCUCGGGAUGGGAUUGUAGCGGCGGCGCGGACUCGGCGGGCAUCGCGGCGGAGGCGGCGGCGGCGGCGGCCGAGCGGGGCUCCAUGUUUUCCCCCGGCCAGGAAGAGCACGGCUCCCCCAAUAAGGAGCCGGUGAAAUACGGGGAGCUGGUGGUCCUGGGGUACAAUGGUGCUCUGCCUAAUGGAGACCGAGGACGGAGGAAAAGCAGAUUUGCUCUUUAUAAACGGCCCAAGGCUAAUGGAGUCAAACCCAGCACCGUGCAUGUAAUCUCCACACCUCAGGCAUCCAAGGCUAUCAGCUGCAAAGGUCAACACAGUAUAUCAUACACUCUGUCCAGGAAUCAGACUGUGGUGGUCGAAUACACUCAUGAUAAAGAUACAGACAUGUUUCAGGUGGGCAGAUCAACAGAAAGCCCUAUUGACUUCGUGGUUACAGACACAAUUUCUGGCAGUCAAAAUAAUGAUGAAGCCCAGAUUACACAAAGCACCAUCUCCAGAUUUGCCUGCAGGAUUGUCUGUGACAGGAAUGAACCAUAUACAGCACGGAUAUUCGCAGCAGGAUUUGACUCUUCCAAAAACAUCUUCCUUGGAGAAAAGGCAGCAAAAUGGAAAAACCCUGAUGGCCACAUGGACGGGCUCACCACCAAUGGUGUCCUGGUGAUGCAUCCAAGAGGGGGCUUCACCGAGGAAUCCCAGCCUGGCGUCUGGAGAGAGAUCUCUGUCUGUGGAGAUGUCUACACCUUGCGAGAAACUAGAUCGGCUCAGCAGAGGGGAAAACUGGUGGAGAGUGAAACCAACGUUCUGCAGGACGGCUCCCUCAUCGACCUGUGUGGGGCCACUCUCCUCUGGCGAACAGCAGAUGGCCUUUUCCAUGCGCCCACUCAGAAACACAUCGAGGCACUGCGGCAGGAGAUCAACGCGGCACGGCCCCAGUGCCCGGUGGGGCUCAACACUCUGGCCUUUCCCAGCAUCAACCGCAAAGAGGUGGUGGAGGAAAAGCAGCCCUGGGCGUACCUCAGCUGUGGCCACGUGCACGGCUAUCACAACUGGGGCCACCGCAGCGACACAGAGGCCAACGAGAGGGAGUGUCCCAUGUGCCGGACUGUGGGGCCCUAUGUGCCUCUCUGGCUCGGCUGCGAGGCAGGCUUUUAUGUCGAUGCAGGACCGCCAACUCACGCCUUCACCCCUUGUGGACACGUGUGCUCAGAGAAGUCUGCAAAAUAUUGGUCUCAGAUCCCCCUGCCCCAUGGGACUCAUGCGUUCCACGCUGCCUGCCCUUUCUGUGCCACGCAGCUGGUGGGGGAGCAGAACUGCAUCAAACUCAUCUUCCAAGGUCCAGUUGACUGAUGCCCUUGACAGUCGUCUACCACUUUAUUAACAAUUUACUGUGAAAAUUUUGCCACUAACUCUAGAUUUUACCUUUUUAUAAUCCUGUUUGUUAAGGGGUGGGGUG